AUGGAAAGUUACGAGGACGACGACGACACUCACUUCUGCAUCAAAUGCCACCUGACGAUACACGGCCUGGAGAAUUACGUGCGACACCGUCAAUCGGGAUGUCGGCCACCGGACGACAAGAACGUCGCUGUACGUGUGUCACCGACAACGCCCGCCUCGCCGACCACCGUCUUCUACCCGGAGAUACUCAACGCCGACGCGUUCUUCAGUUCGUUGGAGUUACGUAGCAGCAGCAAGUCGAACACGCAGAAGACGACCGGCCUACUGGAGGAGAGCAGGAAGUUCAAGAAGGAGGACAAACACCGGAAGAAGAGCCCGAAGAGCACGCAGGUGGAGAACGAAGAGUCCACGACGGUGAAGGAGAAGCUUCACAACAUGCUGCCGGGGGUCGCGGAACUCGACGAUCCAACGGACCAUCUGUGCAUGCCGUCGCUCGUCGGAUUCCCGGAGAUCGUCUCGUCCGCGGCCGGCAAGUCCACGGUCACGACCAGCCGUGGCAAAUUGAGCCACGUAGCCGCGAACAUGGACGGUGGCGCGUUCGCGAUGAAGCACGAGCCGGAGAAUUCGUUGGAGAGGAUCCUGAUGACGUCUCACGUCGAGUCGAAGCAGACGGACAGGAAAAGGCAGGACGACUCGCAGAGGAUGGAGCAUCAUGUUCAUCAGACCUGGCUAGAAGACACGAUACUGGCCGAGCUGGUGGCCAACAACGAGAACAAAGAUCUGGGCAGAUACGAGUUCGAGUAUCAACAGGACGACGACUCGGAGGACGAUAUAUUGGAGGAAGAUCUCGGGGAGGACGACGAGGGUGGAUCGUACUCGGAGUCGGACGAUGGGGAGGACCGGGAACGUCCACCGCGUGGUCACAUCGGUGGCAAAUGGAAGCCAGAAUUGGACGAUCUUCCUCAAAAUAUGUCUCAACUUCAGGACGACGACGUGGAGCCGGAGGACGAGCAUCAAGAACAUCCGCCGCCGACCUACACCGGGGGCAAGUGGCGACCCUCGGACGCGUCGCAGAAAGCGGAAGAGUACGAGACUAAGAGCAACGUCGGUCAACCAUCGCCAGGACACACGCGAGGGAAAUGGGUACCGGGUGCACAAACGGAUAUCGAAUCAGGAUAUUGGUGCAGUCCUUGCGGCAGGAAACUUGCCUCUCGAUUGGUCUACAACAGGCAUCUUCUCUCUGAUUUGCACGCCAGAAGGAGCAUCCGAGAAAUCGAUGACGUUCUUUCCUUGCCGCGUGCCGCGGGUUUACACGCGGCGAAAAAGUCAUCGUCUCGCAAUCAGAGAAUCAAGCAAGCAGGGGAAACGAGAGGCGCGAAGAAAAGCUUACGAAAACGAGAAAAGGAAAUACUGAGCUGCGAGAUGUGCCAUGCCCGAGUGAGAAGGACACAAAUGGGCAAGCAUUUGCUCUCUCAUUAUCACUGCCGCGUGGCGGGUGUAAAUCCUCGCGGGCCACGGGCGCGUCGCUUUUUACUGGAAAAUAUGGCGAAUGUGGUUCGGCAGUGCCCUUUUCAGUGUUUCUCUUGUCGCUUUUAUUGCAACACGGAGGAAACGUUUCUGCGUCAUUGGCGAUCCGAUCUUCAUGCAAAAACCCUCGAGCAGAUCGGCGGCAGCUACAGAUGCACACCCUGUGACUUUUGGUGCGAGGACGACGAGACGAUGGACUCGCACAUGCUCGAGCGGAGCCACCGCGACGUCGUCUCGAUGAUGAAUGGCUCGGUGCCGAUCAUGAUCGGCCGUCAGCGGGCCCUGCCCUGCGGCAGCUGUGAUCGCCGAUUCCGCUACAAUUUACAACUUCGGCUGCACGUCAAGGAGACCGGCCACGAGGAGGGUCCGACCGCGACCGACGAGUAUCAACAGCGAAUCAAAUGCAAUCUAUGCCCGCAAGUCGUUCGAUCGUUGGUGGCACUUCAGCGUCACCAGUUGUCCGCCCAUGUCGCGAGAGGGAUCGCGAAGAAAGACGAGGCGGCGCAGCAGCCUUCGCGAUCAACCCCGGCGCCCUAUUUCUGCUCGUUCUGCUCGAUGAACUUCGCCACCGCCCAGGACGCUGUUCUGCACCGGAGGACGUCCAGCCACAAAGAGAUGGUCAAAGCUCGGAAAAGCAACGACAGCUCGGCGACGUCGAUGACGCGCGAGUGCCCUCACUGCAAGCAGAAGCAGGCGAAUCUGUCGGAGCACAAGGAACAUCUUCUCGACGAGCAUCCCGAGCUUUGCUACAGAUGCCCGAAAUGCGGGAUGUUAUUCGCCCUCUCGCAAGACGUGACGAGACACACGAGAGAGAACAAAUGCCACGGCACAGCCGUUGGCGAAUUAAGCAAAACGAGAACGUCGAACCCGAAAGACGAAUGGAGAUGCGGCAGAUGUAGCUUCUCGAGCAACUCUCAGGCGGAGUUUAUCUUUCACGAGGCUCUUCACGCGGGGGCCGUGCAGAACGACAACGAGGAGGACGGGAACCCUGGCAAAUCGCUGGCCAAGUAUUCCUGCCCCAUUUGCAAGAAGGCGUUCGCGAAAGUGUCAUUACGGAAUCACAUCAGGAGUCAUACCGGGGAACGACCGUUCCCCUGUGCCAAGUGUCUCGUGGCCUUCUCGAGACGAUCGGACCUAAACGCCCAUCAGAAAGAGUGCACCGGCUCGGCGUCAUCGUCGUCGUCAGGCUGGACGACGAACGAAUCCGGGAGGAAACGGUGCUUCUCUUGCUCCGAGUGCAACAGCGCUUUCUACACCAAGUGAGUACCGUUUUAUCUAUUUUUUAGUUACUUUGUCCCUCGUUUUUUUUUUUUUUUUUUUUUUUUUUUCAAACUUCACCUGUCCCUUGGUAUCAAAUUGACAGAAUCUAUAACGGAAAGAUAAAUAGUUAGAAUUACAGAAUUGUAGGUUAAAUUUUUAUUCAAUCGUUUCUCUCUAUGAUGAUGUUCAGUCUUGUACAUUUUGUAAGAAAGAAUAUAUGUUAAACUGACGUACAAAGAGUACAAAGCCGCUGACAGGUUUUUAAUUAUCAAAUUAAAUGUUUACGUGUGCCAGAAUUAAACCAUGGAUUUUUAUGCAAUUGUGAGACUCGAAAAUAUAACGUAUAUAUGACGAUGUUUAACAAAUAAAAUGAUACUUUAUCUAGGCUCCAUUUUUUUUUUUAAAUUGUAUUCAUAAAGAUAUGAAUAAGUUCAUUAAUAAUCAUAAAUCGUUCGAAAACUUUCGAGCAUUAUACCAAAAAUUUCUAUUAAUUAAUAAUUAAAGACAAAAUUGA